UUUUUAUUAGCGACUAAGGUGCGAGCUGGAAAGCUGCAGGGUCUGAUCCUCUCAUUAUCCUGAACAUGUUGUUGUUACGGAGUAUUGAUCAGGAAUGAUUGAUUGGAUCUGGGAAGGUUUGAAAAUAAAAAGCAGAACUUUGGGACGGUUCUGUAAUCAGAAGAAUUUGGUUUUUGUCUUCCUAAUUUUUUUCAGUCCUCAGCUCCAGUUUCUGGUUGGAAUAAAGAAUUCCUCCCUGCUUCCUCCUAAAUUCCCUUUGCCUGUUUUUCCUUGGAAUUAACUACUAACUUCUUUAGUUGCUCUAUUUUAUUCCAUUUCUCACCAAAAUGAUUAAUAAAUCUCUUCCUUUCAUCCCUGUUCUUUUCCAGUCUCCUUCUCCUCUUUUUGUCUUGCAGCUCUGUGGUCUAGAAUCGGCCCACCCCUCGGAGCCUCGGAGGCCUGCGGCCCCAGAAGACUGGAACAUCAUGACUGUGAAAAGCCUUUUCUCGCCUCCUGACUGAAAGCUUGGAGUUAAUCAGCUGAACAUAACAAGCAGCGGAUGAUUUCUCUCCUCCAGGCAAAAAUACAAAGAUGAAGAAAUUUCUGUGGAGGUUCGGACCCAAACGGAUCGACACAAGAACACUGAAAUGCUGCAGCUGUGGAGCUUCAAUGAACUUCCAAAUGGACAGAAGCUGCUUUGGUAAUAAUCUGGAUUCCCACAGGAAACAUACCUCAGAUGAGCUCCUUAGUAAUCCAGGAUAUUUAUCUGCAACCUGCAGACCACCAUCCAUUGGAAGGAGACCAGGUUCCACAGAGACCUUCAGGGACCCUUCCCCCUAAUACUUCUGGGUAGUAUUAUACAAAAGAGGCAGGAACAUGCAGAACAGAAGCUUUUCAUUCGACUAUCGAGCUCAGAUGUUCCUCAGUCUGACUACCUGUGGUCUGUAGGAUUUUACCCAAGUUAUUCAACAGCCUUUGAAACCAUGGCCCGUCCUGAAUGAGCAGCACGAUCAGAGCAUUUCAUCCAUGAUAUAUUCUUGUUUUUAAUCUUUAGAGAACUCUGGGCUGUCAUGAUCUCCAGAAUGAGAUGUUUGAUGAUGAUGACAAUUGAAAAGGGAUUCUUUAAAGGCCAGAUUUAUCUGGAAGCCCGUAGGGUCUUAGUUGAACUGAUGAUUGGGUUACAAGUUAUCAUUACAUUAGAGUUCAGGGUCUGUAGGGGCUUAGGGAUGUUGAGAUGUUUCAAAGUAAGAGGUGUGCAAAGACAUGUCAUUCUGCUGUUUGGGUUCAGGGUUCUUGCAGUUGUUCUGGGAUUUGGGGCUUUUCAGACAGGAUUCCUCUGAAGCUUUCUGCAGAAAAAUAAGGUCAGACGUACGACGGUUUGAAGAAAGCAGGUUCAAACUCAGACAGACUCUGUCCAGGGCCCGGUUCUGCUUCCCUGUGUUUCUGGGGGUGUGAGCUUCCUCGCGUCGCCAAUGCUUCCACAGGAACCUGUUCACUUACUGGUGGGACUGGUGCAAGACGGUGCAGCACACACACCUGCUCCAUCUGUGUGUGAUGGGUCUUUCUCCUCCUCCUCCAUCCCUUCCUCUCUCUCUCCUUUUAAGGCCAGGCCCCACCCCCCCGCUGUGAUGUCAGCGGCUUGGAGGAAGACCCGUGGGGUUUUUGGGUUUUGGCGUCCAGUCCUGUGGGGCCGCAGGGCUGAGAGUUUCUCCUCCAUCCCGGGCGGGCCGCCUCUGCUUCUCUCUUUGGGGAAAAGAAAAAAGGCUGAGUGCUCACACUCGAUUCGCCGUCCGAAGCCGUUUUCCUCCUGUUUUCUCUGAGGAUUUUAGUUCUUUUUCCUCCUCCUCCUCCUUUUUCUCUGUCUCUGCGGGUUUCUUGUCUGUUGAUUGACAAUAUAAAAAAAAUAAAAUGUUUUAUCAGUUAAAAGUGAAAUAAAGCUGAACAACUGAAAGUUCUAGCACCAAUAAAAAACUUUUCAUUCCUGAACAGAGAUUUUACAGUUUUUUUUCCUCUUCGGUCUUCGAGCUCCUAUUUUUCCUCCAUUUGUUGAAAUGUUUUUUUAUUGAGAAGAUCCGGUCCGUCCUGUAGAGCCCUAGAUCUUCAGCUACUUUCCAGCUCUUCUUCUUCUGGUGCUUUUUGUUUUCUUUUUUCUUGUUGCUGGAGCAUCUGAUUGUGGGAUGUUCGGGAUCCAGGACAGCCUGCCUCGCGGGGCAACAGCCAGCAUGAAGGAGGAGCCGCUGGCCGUUCGCUCCUGGAUGCACUCAGCUGGCGUGGUGGACGCCAACACAGCCGCUCAAAGUGGGGUGGGAUUAGCUCGUGCUCACUUUGAGAAGCAGCCUCCGUCCAAUCUGAGGAAAUCCAAUUUCUUCCACUUCGUUCUGGCGCUGUACGACCGGCAGGGGCAGCCCGUUGAGAUCGAACGCACCGCCUACGUCGACUUUGUGGAAAAAGAAAAGGAACCAAGUGGAGAGAAAACCAACAACGGGAUUCAUUACAAACUUCAGCUGCUUUACAGCAAUGGCGUUCGAACAGAGCAAGACCUUUACGUCCGACUCAUCGACUCCAUGACCAAACAGGCCAUUAUCUAUGAGGGCCAGGACAAGAACCCAGAGAUGUGCCGAGUUCUGCUCACACAUGAGAUCAUGUGCAGUCGCUGCUGCGAUAAGAAGAGCUGUGGAAACAGGAACGAGACGCCGUCGGACCCUGUCAUCAUCGACAGGUUCUUCCUGAAGUUCUUCCUGAAGUGCAACCAAAACUGUCUGAAGAAUGCAGGGAACCCUCGAGACAUGAGGAGGUUUCAGGUGGUGGUUUCUACAACGGUCAACGUAGACGGCCAUGUUCUUGCUGUCUCUGACAACAUGUUUGUCCACAACAACUCUAAACAUGGCCGCCGGGCCCGGAGACUGGACCCAUCUGAGGCAGCCACUCCCUGUAUAAAAGCCAUCAGUCCCAGUGAGGGCUGGACGACUGGUGGAGCCACUGUCAUCCUCAUCGGAGACAACUUCUUUGAUGGUCUUCAGGUCGUCUUUGGCACCAUGCUGGUGUGGAGUGAGCUGAUCACUCCUCAUGCCAUACGGGUCCAGACUCCACCACGUCACAUCCCUGGAGUAGUUGAGGUCACGCUGUCCUAUAAAUCUAAACAGUUCUGUAAAGGAGCGCCAGGACGCUUUGUCUAUACAGCACUCAAUGAGCCCACCAUCGAUUAUGGCUUCCAGAGGUUACAGAAGGUCAUCCCUCGUCACCCCGGAGAUCCUGAGAGGCUACCCAAGGAGGUGCUGUUGAAGAGAGCUGCUGACCUGGUGGAGGCACUUUAUGGGAUGCCUCACAACAACCAGGAAAUCAUCCUUAAACGAGCUGCAGAUAUAGCUGAAGCUCUCUACAGUGUCCCAAGGAACCACAACCAGAUCCCCUCCUUAGGAAACUCUGCUUCACAUGGAAUGAUGGGAGUAAACUCCUUCAGCGGACAGGUGGCAGUAAACGUCUCUGAGACGACACAAGUCGGCUACAAUCGAAACACAAGCAGCGUGUCACCACGUGGGUAUGUCCCAAGCUCCACCCCCCAGCAAAGUAACUAUGGCAACACUGUCAGUAGCAGCAUGAAUGGUUAUGGCAAUGCUGGCAUGCCCAACCUGGGUGUGGCAACGUCUCCGGGUUUUCUGAAUGGUUCGUCAGCCAACUCGCCCUACGGCAGUAAGUAUCAAGUUGUUCCCUCCAGUCCCACCAUGGCCGUGUCUAACUGUAACUCUUCUCAUGGAGUUUUCUCCUUCUCGGCUGCCGUCAAACAAAAGAGCGCCUUUGCUCCCGUUGUUCGACCAUCGGCCUCACCUCCUCCUCCUCCCAACUGUUCAGGCGGCAACGCCAAUGGGCUACAAGCCAUGUCAGGCCUCGUAGUUCCUCCUAUGUAGAAAACGUCUCUCCUUCUUCACCUCCGUCCUUCCCUUCAGCCCCAAGCAACAAUGACCUCAGAGGCGAGGGGGGGGACAUGUGGUCUCUAGAGGCAGGUCCUCAGGCAGCUGCUGACCAACCAGAGAGUUUAUCGGGUCUGUGAUUUGACCUAGAAGUUUAAGAAAAGGACUUCUUGUACAGCAGUUUUCUGCAGGUGCAUCACCUUCUCUUCUGGUUCUAAUGUCUAGUCUCUGUUUGUAUAAAUCUGCAAUUUCACACCUGGGACAGGAAAUUACUUCCUGUAAAAAAGCAAAAAGCUCAAAGAUUAAGAGAAAAACCUGCUGAUUUUAUCUUACGUUACCAGGUGUUACCUGUGUGAUGCCACAGAGUGCUGGUAAAGGAAACAUUGACAGAUAUCAUUCUGAAGUCUCACAGAGCCCAUCCUGAUUUCCAUUUCUUUUAGCUUUUUCAGGAAGAAAUUUUAACAGUUUUUAUGAUCACCUGGUUGUGAACAAAUGGGUCAUGCACAGUUGUCAAAUAAAAACAGAAACAUAUGAUUUACUUAUUGCUUUCUAUUUUAACUUAAACUCAAAGUUGUUAAAGCACAGUUGAAAUACAAUGCAUAAGCCACACCCUCUAAUCAUUUUAGCUUAGCCAACCCUCUGUCCGGUUUUUAAUGCUUACACUGUAAAGAUGAACCCUUUCUAAAGCGUUAUUGUAGCCAUUUUUCUUCAUGUCUGGUCUCGGCCUAAGCCCCUCCUAUUGUUCCACACCCAAUCACUUAAGCCCCGCCCUGUGUCUUUGUGUGGGUUUUGUGAAUUUUGCCAAAAUUGUAGCUAACUGAAUACUUCUUUGUCACUACUGUGAUUGAUGACACACCCCCUCUUUCACUGUGGUGACCUGUUUUUGUAUCAUACAAAAUCUAAAUAUUUAUAUCUAUAUGAUUUUUCGUAUUGAUGGAUGUUGUCAUAUGGUCUCCAGACAUGUGUGUGCAUGUGUUGUUGCCACACCCACCAACAGCCAUUGUUUUAUAUCACGUAUUUAUAUCUGUCGAUCCAGGCGGCUGUCCAAUCAGCAGCUCCUGUCUGUUUUUAAUGUGAACCAUGUUGUAACUUCUCCACAGUGAAUAAACUCAGCAGGUCGCUCUGAUGGA